AUGUCUUCCCAAGGCACCCGCGAGACGGUAGUCUCGGCACCAGGAAAGGUUCUCAUCGCCGGUGGCUACCUUGUCCUCGACCCGACUCAUCCAGGCCUCGUCGUCUCCACCUCAUCGCGCUUCUACUGUCAUGCGCAAUCGCAGACCUCGCAAGCAGCAUCGGUCAAUGCUUCGGCGUCCAGUCGCACCAUCACUGUGCGCUCACCGCAAUUUGUAGACGCCGUGUGGGUCUACACAGCCUCGGCCGUACCUGCAGCAUCCUCCGGCGAUGACGCAACGAAUAAGCAACACUGGAUCAUCGAACAGACCGCCGAAUCGCGGCAAAAGGCCGGCCGCAAUCCUUUUGUCUCGCUCGCCCUCACAUACACGCUGAGACUCGCAGCAGAGCUCAACGACUCGGAUGAGAUCGAAGCCAUUUUCCAGCAGGCAGGUCACAAGGGCAUUGAGAUCACCGUCGCAGCAGACAACGACUUUUACUCGCAACGAGAUACUCUCGAUCUGCCAGAAGGGACAGCACCGACAGUGGACCAGCUCACAAAUCUGGCACCUUUCUCGGCCCAAAAGUGUCGCAUCGGCGACGUGCACAAGACGGGCCUCGGAUCGAGUGCAGCCAUGACCACCUCGCUGGUGGCGUGCUUCCUCCUACACCUCCAAGCAGUCGUUCCGAAUGGGCCUGGUUCGCUAGCGACAGAAGACCUGGCUUUGAUACACAACCUCGCACAGCUCGCACACUGUGCCGCCCAAGGCAAGAUCGGAUCCGGCUUUGACGUCAGUGCUGCCAUCUGGGGAAGUCAGCUGUAUCGACGCUUCGAGCCUAAGGUGCUCCAGGCUUGCCUCGACGAGGGCGAGAAGGUCCCCACCGAGGGGGAAGAGACGCCGGAACAGCGUCAAGCAAGGCUUUCUGCAAGGAUCGAGCUGCUACCGGUUUUGGAUCCAUACAACCCAUUGUGGGUUGCCGCUCCGGUGGCAGAGAGUGGCGACUCGCAAUCGACCGCCACGGAAGGUCUUGCCGCUGCAAGCGAUCAUCACGUUCCGAAACCGGCACCUCUGCAGCUGCCGCCUGGUCUCGACCUGCUUCUGGCCGACGUCGAUGCGGGGUCAAAUACGCCGAGCCUGGUCUCCAAGGUCCUGGCUUGGCGGAAGGAGAAGGCCGAGUGGGCCAAACAGCUAUACAAUGUCAUUGCCUCUUCCAAUCAGGGCCUCGCCGACAACCUCUUGCGGUUGCGACUGUUGCAUGCCAGCGACUCAGGUGCGUACGAAGAGCAUGUUGACUCAGCAGCGAAGCAGCUCUCCACAGAAUGGGACGCAACACUCAAGACGCUGCCCAGGGACGCAGACGACCAGCAGGAUGGCGACGAGCACAUCCCCGCGGUUGACCUUCGGGUCACACCACGCACGGUGCUGCAAGCCUUGAUCGACGUGCGCAACAGCCUUCGCUCCAUCCGUGCUGGCAUGCGGGAGCUCGGUCAACGCGCCGGCGUGCCGAUCGAGCCUCCCGAGAUUGGCAGCUUGAUCAAGAAGAUCAGCGAUCAAGUGCCUGGUGUUGUGGGCGGUAGCAUCCCUGGCGCCGGCGGGUUCGAUGCGUUCUACAUCAUCUACCUGAAAAGCGCCAAGAGCCCUCGCAACCUCUCGCAGCUCUGGGAUGAGAUCCACAUGGUGAAGGAGGAGGCGGAGUCGAAGCUUACCUUGGGCCCGCUGCUGUCCCGGGCAGGUGGAGCAAAGACGACAACGGAAGAGACCUCGAACGAUGCGGUGGACGAAUCGGGCCCGGUUUCGGCGUUGCUCAAGAAGCUCAAGGCAUCAGAGCAUGCCGGACAGGACUUUGGACUUCGACUGGAGAAGACCGAUAGCGUAGAGGGUCUCAAGGAAGCUCUUGCGCGGUGUGCUUGA